CCAAACGAGCUCGCGGGUCCCAUUCAAAACAGAGGUCAACAGCUCCAACGUUAACGGCUGAUUAUCUGCAAAUAAAACAACUACACGGUUUUUUUUUUCCCCGUUUUUGUUUUUUUUUUGUCUUUUUCCUCCUCACAAUGGCGGAAGGGGGGGAUGCGGAGUGGGAGCUCUGCAAAGAAAACAUCCAGCCAUUGAGACGAGGCAGAGACAUAUCAGCCUUACAUCAGGCACUCAGUCAACAGCAAGAUGGACCCACCUCUGCUAUCGUCCAACAGAGACAGGCAUUUGAAUCUGAGUUGCGGAUGUAUGAUGGAGAUGAUCCACUUAGUGUUUGGGAUAGUUAUAUCAAAUGGACAGAACAAACCUUCCCUCAGGGUGGAAAAGAGAGCAACCUUGCCAAAUUGUUGGAGCGUGCUGUGACCAUAUUCACAGAGGAGAAAAAAUAUCACAAUGACCCUCGCUAUGUUGAACUCUGGAUCAAAUUUGCAGAGCACUGCCCUGAGCCCCUGGACAUAUACAGGUACAUGCAAGUGCAGGGAAUAGGUGUGAGACAGGCAUCCCUCUACAUCGCUUGGUCUGAGGAGCACGAGAAUCAAUGCAACUACCGCAAAGCAGACUUGGUCUAUCAAGAAGGCUUCAAAAACGAUGCUGAGCCGCAUGAUAAGCUCCUCCAGUUUCACAAAGCUCUGCAGGCACGUGUGUCCAGGCAGGCCAUGAUGACUUUAGAGGAGGACAGUAGUGACGAUGAGCCCAAACAACCUGAGAGAGUUUGUUUAGUUGACCUCAAACAUAGAGGGAAGAAAAAGGCCAUCGCUCCAGUCAACAGAACUGGGUCGGCGAUUAGAAGCAUAUCUGGAGGCCUGCAGUCACAUGGUGCCCCCCUUCGCAGCAAUGUUUCAAACAGUCAGCUGCUAAUUUUUGAUGAGAACAAAACUCAAAGUGGUUUAUCAUCAGAGCCCAAGCUGGAAUCUUGGGUUGCUCCUCCCCCAUCAAGAGCAAAGGAGAAUGAGCAGGAUCCUGCAAAAUGGUGUGAUGUAAAGAUGCCCCAGAAAACCAAAUUUGGACAUACAGUUAUGGCUCCACCACCUCCCAAACCCUCCUUCCAACCAUUUGUUGAGGAGUCAGACCAGCCUCCAGCAAUGACACCAUGUAAGAUCAACCCAGCAGUGAACUCAGUUUUGUCGGCACGUAAACCAAUCAGAGAGGAGACUCCUCUGAAAAGACUGCAGGACCACCAUCAGCAACAGAAAGAGGCAGAAGCAGGAAAAGUGCAGGAGCAGAGCAUGUACUGUAAAGAGCUGCUGUUCAGCGGCGCCUCAGAGUUCUGCUUUGAGGAACUGCGUGCUGAACGCCACUUCAAAAGGAUGGCACAGCAGUCGAAGGAAGCCACACAGGACGAGGAUCAAGCUUCUGCCAGUGCUGCAAACUGAUGCUUAUAUGGAGACAUUUCUUCUUCUUUACCAUCAUAUUGACAAGAUUUUAUCUCCAAGUAUCAUAUCAUGACUGAUGUAUUUUUUUAGUCUCGCUGUAAAUAUAGUUUUCAAAGCUUUCCAGGCAGAAUGGGGUGAACUUUCUCAAAACCCUUUGAACACUAUUGUGGAUGUUUGCUUUGUGUACACGGCAGUGGGUAGGAACACAUCUGCUGUGUAUUAUAAUUCGCUAUUAAACUGUAAAAUAUCAGACACCAAAACUAAAAAAUAGCAUAGAAUAAACAUCCAUGCAACUAAAAAUAUAUCUGCACAAUAUGUAAGUAUAAAAGUAGCUUUUACACGGUUACAAGAAGUAUAAAUAUUGUGCUAAAAAUGUCUCUUUCCUUUUUGUUUUACUCCAUAAGUCUUGGAGAACCCCCCACCCUCCAUUUAUCUGUUUUAUACUAUCCCAUUGUUCUGAAGAAGUGUUUUUUAUGUGUGCUGCUUUUUAAAGCUUUUAGUAUUUUAGCUUAUUUCUUGAGCAGGUUCUUCCAACACGGUCAAAAUUUGGACUCAGUGAAGUGAUUCAGCCGGGUUUAUAUCUCAGUCUGAGUAAAAGCCAAUUCUAGUCCAUGUGUCACUGGCGUCUAAUAAACUUGGUUGGAAAAAAAAAAAAUCUCAGGACUGCUGUGCUCUGUGCGUGUUGUAUUUUUGGAGAGGUUGGGAGAUUUGGUUGAUGCACUUGUCAGCAGGGGGCAUAAGAGGGUCAGCGUGUGUUGCUGCUGUUAAUGGUGUUUGGAUUACUAAUGGGGCACAAGAGCAGUUUAGUGCUGACACUAAUCUGUUGGUGUAAUUUAAAAAAGAUUGAUGGCCAUGGAUUAAGAUCUACAAACUAAAUGUGUUUAAAUGGACAAGUGACAAUUUUUGUUGUGAGAAGUGGAGGACCUUUGUACCACACGUCGGAUGUGAGAUUUGGGAAUAA